AUGAGAAUCGCAACGAGUCUGAAACUCAACCGAUUAGAGCCCGAUGACCUCUCCAUCGAACCACCUCUCUCAAACAUCUGCCGACGCGCUCCCCACAAGGUCCUCGUGCUGUCCUUCACGGAGGACCUCUCACUCUUCGCCAUACUGACCAUCACCGCCAACGCCCUCGCCCUCGCAAAGGACGACCUCGCUCUCGCAAAGGACGACCUCGCUAUCAACCUCACUAUCAACCUCGCCAUAGGCCCUCGCCUCCCACGCCCACCACGCCCUGGGGCGGCUCCGCGUUCCGGGCCGAGCGCGCGCUCAACGAGCUCGGCCACGUCGCGGCCGAGACCGUUUCGCGCCGUGCCACGGAGGCUGAGGGGGUUUGGCGCGAUAGGAAGAUCAUCGGCAGCCGUGCUGGGAGGGCGAUGUUGA